AUGGCCAUCUCCGGCUUGUCCCAAGUUCUGCCCACCACCAAACAUUUAAGUGGUACAGUCAUGUAUCAAUGGCAAGGCUGUUGGUAUCCGUCGGAUCAUCUCAAGGCCGCAAUGGAUGUCUCCAAACAUUUCAUGGCUCAUCCCGACAAUACUCUCUUGGCCUCAGCCUCCAAAACAGGCACCACUUGCCUCUCAGUCCUCUUCUCCAUAACAAGCCGCGGCCUCAUCUCAAAAGAAGAGGCACAGAAGCUUAUCCUAUCAACCCAUCCUCAUAAACUCAUUCCACAUCUUGCAAUUGAAUACAAGAAGGCCAUAAAGCUUCCACUUUCUAGGCUUUUUAGCACGCAUAUACCUUAUAGCACCUUGCCUGAUCCUUUGAAGGACUCUUGUUCUCAAAUUAUUUAUAUCAGUCGCAACCCGAGAUAUACAUUUGUUCCGCUUUGGGAAUUUGCUCAGCAGAUGCAGAGAGGAAACUCAGAGCCAUUGACAUUUGAGGAUGCAUUUGAGCAAUUUUGUGAGGGUAACACCAACUGUGGGCCCUUCUUGGAGCAUGUCUUAGAGUAUUACAAAGCAAGCCAAGAGAGACCACAAAACAUUUUAUUUCUCACUUAUGAAGAGAUGAAGGCUGAUACCAAGGGUGGGGUGAAGAGGAUGGCUCAGUUCUUGGGUCGAUCCAUUGAGAGGGAGGAGGAGGGUGAGGAGACAGUGGAAAUGUGCAGUUUUGAGAGGGUGAGUAAUUUGGACGUUAACAGAAGUAAGGAGAAGUCACCUUGGGGCUCUUUACCUUACAACUCAUUUUUCAGAAAGGGUGUGGUGGGAGAUUGGGUGAACCAUUUCACGCCCGCGAUGACUGAGCGGCUCGAUCGGAUCACUCAAGAGAAGAACCAUGGUCCGGACUACAAUUUAGAUUCGAAUAGAAUUGAGGCCAAUGUCUCUAGGAAUGGGCUGGUCAGGGUGGCGGGGCGCUAA